AAUCUCUUCCCCUUUUUAUUUCCUCUCACACAAGAAUAAAUCUUCGGAAAACGCUGCUAGUCUUUAGUAUUACAUUGGAUGCAGUUUCGCCUAUCUUUUUUUAUUUGUUUUUUUUUGCACAAAGACUUCUAUUGACUGACUGGUGCAACCAUAACAUCAAACACUUGUCCACGGCGUAAAACUCGAUGAAAGCAUAGAAACGAUCCAUCAUUACACAAGGCGGCAAUCGUCGCAAAAAAAAAGAAGAAAAAAAGUUAUCCGUAUUGACUCUGGGCUUGAGUAAGCCAUGUCUGUGUGUGGUCAAUACAGAUGUACAAUGAUGCAGCUGGAUGGACAAGAAUUCAUGGAACGUGCUGGCAUGAUUUUUUCCUUCCCUUCAUCGCGUAAGAUCAAAAUAGACAUCAAGCAUUUUGAGCGCUUGACCUAUUCGACCAUUCCAGUUCCUUCUCCUCGGAACUGUUCCAAAAGAAAAAACAAUUUUGGUCUUCCGCCCAAAUGGCCCUUAUGAUGAGGGCGCGUCCAGUUCGUGUUCGUUCCAAGGCUCUAUUCCCG